AUGGCCAAGAGACAUAAAAAUAUGGCCAAAAGGGCUGCCGCUGCCCGGCUAGAGAAGAAAAAGGGCAAAGGCUCCAGUUUCGGCAAGAAGAAGAGUGACGGUCAAAGGAAAAAGUCUCACUCUUUGGGAGGCGAUGACUCCGAUGCAGAGUUCGAAGAGCUCUACAACGUCAAUAGGGCUUCACAAAGACCCAGCAAGAAUAAAACUUUGGCCAAUGCUGCCAAAAGGGGUAAGAGACCCCGAAUGAUUGAUGAAGUGGGAUUUACCAAUAGAAAUAUUGCCGAUACUAUGAAGAAGCAGUUGAGGAAUAAUCCAAUUGAAUUUGUCAAGAGUAAGGAUGUUUUUGAUCCUUCAGCAGAUUUGAUAAAGAGAUUGAACGAGAGCAAGAAGAAAAAAGAGGCACUAGAGGAGAGGUUAGACCAAGAAAAUGAUGAAAUUUAUGUGGAAGAUUUCGAAACGGUUAAUGAGUCAGAAGUUAUCAGAUCUGAUGAGGAGGAUGAGGAGGAUGAGGAGGAGGAAGACGAGCAGGAAAGGGAACUGGUGGAAAGCAAUGAGGAGGAGCAGUCUGAAACGUUUCAAGAAAGUAACAAAGAAACUGAUUCUAGCUCAGCUCUGGAAGAAUCGGAUUCUCCAGCAUCCGAAGAACCUCUAUUUUAUGUGGAUGACACUCCGAAUAUAGGCGAUUGGCCAAAACAGACCAUUGUUCCUCCAUCACAGCUACCCAAUCCUCCAUCUCCAUUAUCCAUCGACGUUCAACGUUUUGAUGAGGACGAUUCGUCUGACGACCAAUAUGUCACCGUUGGAAAUGUCAUGAUGAAGGUAAAUAUGGAUGAUGGAGAAAUGUACGUCAAUGCCCCAUCCGGAUUACUGGAGCAGUCUGAAAAUGAAGUAGAAGAAUCUGAUCCAGAAGAAAAAGUUUUUAUAUCACAAGCUCCCAAAGCAACGCAGAAAGAAGAUAAACCCAAAACAAAGUCUUCACCGUCAUACCCAGAGUUUGGAUUUCUCGCCGAAGACUACGAUAUGUUUGAUGUUUCAACCAUCGUUGUAUCCAAUAUUCGGCAAAGUUACAAAAGCACUCAAUAUGAAGUUCAAUCCGAAAGAUUACUAGGUAUAAGUCAAGCUCAAUGGUUAGAAGAAGAUUUUUUGGUUGAUAUGUUGAUCGAGUAUGGAUUGCUGGAUCAUCGUGUUGAUGCCUAUUUAGACUACAUCAAGAAACCAUUUUUGAAAGAACUCUCUCCUGAACCUGACUAUCCAAUUGAUGAUUCUGAUGACGAAGACAGUGAGGAUGAUUUUGAAAUGGAGAACAUUGAGGAUUUGGUUGCUCUGCAAAAGAACAAAAUGAUGAAUGACGUCGGAUUUGAGACCGACAUGUUUACACAAACUAUACAGUUUAGAGGAAAAGGUAAAAACAGAAGGCCAAUCCUUGAUCAUAUUCACGAUGAAGAUUUGAAACUAGAACUGCUGGAGAAAUUUGGACUCCAAAACAGCAAACCAGCAAGACAAAAGGGUAAAAAGGCUGAGGGUUUGUGUGAAAAGUAUCCCCACUUGUUGCAUAUCAAUGAGAUCAAAGAAGAAUUUGAACAUUUUUAUCAUGACAGCAGCAUGACAACAUUGCGUUUCCCUCCUUUGGAUCCCCAUGGCAUAAGGACACUUCUCAAACUGGCAGAUCAUUACCAGAUGAAAGGCCGUAAAUUCCUUAAAGGAAAGCGGCAGCAUGUCACAGUCAUAAAGACAAAACGGACAAAUUAUCUAAGCCCCGAGUACGACAUGAUCGGCAGACUUCUCAGGCAACGAAGGGUCUUUAACAGAAUCGAUGUCAGCAAGAAAGAUUUCUCGGAGGACAAACUGAUAAAAAGUGGUUCAAAAUCACACGUUAAGGAAGGAGAGAUUGUUGGGUCCAGGGCUCCCGAAAUUGGACAAGAUAAUAUUGGUAGAAGGAUGCUGGAGAAGUUAGGAUGGAGCAAAGGUGAAGGUUUAGGUUUGGACAGUAGGGGAGUCACUGAGCCAAUCCUGGCCAAAAUCAAAAAGUCUAGGUUGGGAUUGAGAAAAGAAUGA